AUGGAGCUGUUUUUCGUGCUGUUGAAACGGCCACAGGACGAGAGCUCAUGGAUUUCGAUACAAUUUCAGGUGGCCAUCAAGCACAUUUAUGUCAACCAAGGGGACGAGGACUAUGUGAUGCAGGAAAUCCUGGUUCAGCGGGACCAUAAGAACCCAAACAUCGUCAACUACCUGGACAGCUAUCUGGUGGGUGCUGAGCUGUGGCUGGUCCUGGAAUACCUCGAUGGGGGCUCCCUGGCUGAUGUGCUUCAGGUGACACGUAUGGAUGAAGGCCAGACAGCAACUGUCUGCAGGGAGUGUCUGCAAGGCUUGGACUGCCUUCAUUCCGACGGAGUCAUCCACAGGGACAUCAAAGGGUGUAACAUCCUGCUUGGAACGGACGGGUCUGUCAAACUGGCUGAUUUUGGCGUCUGCGCUCUGCUCACCCCGGAGCAGAACAAGAGGACCUCCUACGCUGGAACCCCCCGCUGGAUGGCUCCAGAAAUACUGAAGGAAGAGCCCUACGGCCCCAAGGUGGACAUCUGGUCCCUUGGCAUCACGACAGUGGAAAUGGCCAAAGGAGAACCUCCCUACGCCUCUGAAAAUGACAGCAAGGUAAGUGGCACGCCAGUAGAUGCCGUUGUCCUUCUGACUAUGAAAGAAGCAGAUGAAGUCUUGUGCUUCCUUUUUAUCGAGGUGGGCGACCUGAUUGCUGCCAACGGGACGCCAAAGCUGCAGAACCCGGAUGAGCUUUCUGCUGUCCUUCGUGACUUCCUCCAGCGCUGCCUGGAGGUGGAUGUGGACAGGCGAUGGUCUGCCAAGGACCUGCUGCAGCACCCAUUUGUGACGGCAGCAGGGCCGGUCUCCAACCUCAUCUCACUGACCCAUGCAGUAAAGGAAGCCAGGAACCGUGUCCACUAG